GCACUCCCUUCAACACAGCGCGCUCCCGUCCCGCCUCCUGAAAUCCCAAUUCCCCAUCGGCCAUCGCCGAAUCUCUCCAGCCCGCCAGACGCCACGGAAGCCUCAGCCGCCGGCGCCGUCCCGAAGGCGAAGAAGUACGUGGUGGGGCGCAAGCUCGGCGGCGGCCCGAGGAAGAAGGCGGUGGCGCGGUCCGUCAAGGCCGGGCUGCAGUUCCCCGUCGGCCGCAUCGGGCGCUUCCUCAAGAAGGGCCGGUACGCGCAGCGCGUCGGCAUGGGCGCUCCCGUCUACCUCGCCUCCGUCCUUGAGUACCUCGCCGCCGAGCUCCUGGAGCUCGCCGGGAACGCCGCCAAGGACAACAAGAAGUCCCGCAUCAUCCCGCGCCACCUGCUGCUCGCCAUCCGGAACGACCAGGAGCUCGGCAGGCUGCUCGCCGGCGUCACCAUCGCCCACGGCGGCGUGCUGCCCAACAUCAACCCCGUGCUGCUCCCCAAGAAGACGGCCGAGAAGGAGCCCAAGUCGCCCAAGAAGGCUGCCAAGUCCCCCAAGAAGGCGGCCGAGAAGGAGCCCAAGUCGCCCAAGGCCGCCAAGUCCCCCAAGAAGGCUUAGUCGGUUACUGUCUCCUAGGAUUACUUCGUAAUAGAAUUAGUGUUCGCUGUAUGGGUAAUGGUGUGCUCUGCUUUGGAAAAAAGAAUGUCAGAUCUCUCUCUGACUUGCAGUAAAUUUUUGCUUUGUUGACAAUAUGUUCAUGAUUUCGCAGUGCUA